AUGGAAAACCACACGGCCGUGACACACUUUCUCCUGCUGGGAAUCCCGCAAACCACCGGCCUGGAAAACGUCCUCUUUGUCCUCCUCCUGGCUUUCUACAUGCUCACGCUGCUGGGGAACUUGCUCAUUCUCCUGGCCCUCCUCAGCUCCCCCGGCCUCCACACCCCCAUGUACUUCUUGCUGGGAAAUCUCUCGGUGUUUGACAUAUUUUUCCCUUCAGUGAGCUCCCCCAAAAUGAUGCUGUACCUGGUGACCCGGGAUCACCGCAUCUCCUUCCAGGGCUGCGCCACCCAGCUCUUCUUCUACCACUGCCUGGGCUGCACCGAGUGCUUCCUGUACACCGUGAUGGCCUACGACCGCUUCGUGGCCAUCUGCCACCCGCUGCGCUACACGGCCAUCAUGAGCCGCCGGGUGUGCGCCGGCCUGGCGCUGGGCACGUGGCUGGGCGGCUGCGUGCACGCCUCCAUCCUCACCUUCCUCGUCUUCAGGCUGCUCUACUGCAGCCCCCGCGAGGUGGACAGCUUCUUCUGUGACAUCCCCGUGGUGCUGCGUCUGGCCUGUGCCGACACCGCCCUGGUGCAGACGGUGAGCCUCACCAACGUGGGCGUGGUCUCCCUCACGUGCUUCCUGCUGGUGCUCACGUCCUACACACGCAUCGUCGUCUCCAUCCUGCGCAUCCGCUCCUCGGAGGGCCGGCGCAGGGCCUUCUCCACCUGCAGCGCCCACCUGACCUCCGUCCUCCUGUUCUACGGCCCUGUGAUGCUCGUUUACCUGCAGCCGGCGCCCAAUCCGUGCCUGGAAUCCGUGGUUCAGGUGUUGAACAAUAUUGUGAACCCUUCCCUCAACCCGUUGAUUUACUCCCUGAGGAACAAGGAGGUGAAGUCGGCUCUGAGGAAGGCCUUACCCCACGGCGUGUGCAACUGCGGGGGGCAGACUUCGUGUCGUGAGCCGUCUUAA